AUGCGUCUCGAAUUGCCCUCUUCCAGCGGUCCAGCGCCGGAGGGAGACUCCAAGGUGGCCUUCCGUGCCUCAAGGAACCUGCCCUUUGGUCAAGCGCCGUCCCUGUCCUCGGUUGCUGGCCCUACCUACGUGACUGCCCAGAUCCUCGUCCAGCAGGUCGCCUAUGCUCUGUCCGACAAGAUCUUCUCCUACUCCCCCGAGACAUUUGAUCUCGACGUUGCCGCAAAAUCCUGGGCUGAGGCACAAGAGGCGAACAUCAAUGGAUACACCACUGGGGUACAACCAAUGCAGAUUCGAAAUGGAGCGGGAACCAUUGCCCUCGGUUACAUGUUCUCCAGGGACUUUGACCUGAAGAAGAGGCACAUUCCACAGGGUCUCCUAGCCCCGACUUCGGCGCUCAAGUUCCUGCGUCCGGUCCUCGACCAGCUGUCGCUGCUCUAUUCGGUCAGCAACCCCUUCGUGGCCCAUGUGGCGGCACUCGACUACGAAGGCGACAAGAACGGAGGUCUGGUUACGGACUACGUCUCCGCUUUGUCCGCGGCCGAAGAUCUAGGUCUCGCUUUGGUUGCUAGUCAAUCCGCAUACGAGACACAGCAUAUGUCGUUGCUUGCCACUCUGCUGGCUCACGAUCUCCCCACGCUCCAUGUCUAUGACGGCCUGAGGAUCGGGAGGGAGACCACAAGAGUCAUUGACAUCCUCGACAAAUCAGGGUUGGGCAGCGCGUACAGCUCGAUCCUGGCCUCGAUCUCGGACGAGGACAGGAAGCAUUUGAACGCCGAGGGUAGAGUCCUGAGAACCCUCCGGGCCCUCAACGACGAACUUGGAACCGACUACAAGCCAUUUGAGUAUUUUGGUCAUGAGCAACCCGAGGUCGUCCUGGUCGCCUUCGGCUCGGUUGAGUCCUCACUGGCUGCACAGGCGGCGUCGGUCCUGGCCCAAACCGGUAGCAGGGUUGGAGCAAUCAAUGUUCGACUCUAUCGACCGUUCGCGGAGGAACAGUUCUUGAAGCUCAUUCCCAAGAGCGUGAGAGUAAUCGGUGUCCUCGGUCAGGUCGUUGACUCGCAGGCCGUGCAGGAGGCCGGUGUUCACUCCCGUCUUUAUGAGGAUGUGCUUGCCGCCGUCUCGUAUGGAACGGCAAUUCACGGUCACCCAGAAGUGCAAGAGCUGAAAUAUGCUCGGGCUGAACGUUGGACACCGUCAUCCAUCUCCCCGCUUUUCCAGAUGCUCCUGGGCAAGGCCGCUGACGACCAGGGCAUCACCACAUUCUUGGACAACUCUGUUCAACGUUACACUUUCUGGAACAUCGAUGACGCGCCAUCUGCCCCUGCAGCCACCUACCUGGCGGAAGCCCUCGCGACCGAAUCGUCUCAGAACGUCACGGUCAAUACCACCCACGACAACUCUAUCCAAGGAGGUAUUCACAGAGUCGACAUCCGCAAAUCCCCCAGAAGCCUUGACGCUGCAUAUCCCAUUACUUAUGCCAAUACCGCCGUGGUCACAGAUGUCAAACUGUUGGAGCAAAUCGACGUGGUUCAGUCUGUUCAACAAGGCGGUGCCAUUAUCCUCCUGUUACCGGGUGUUAAAGACGAAGACGUCGAGAAGAAGCUCCCUGCAGCGUUCAAGAAAUCGGUCGCCGAGAAGAGCAUCCACCUGUAUCUGAUCAAUCCGGCCAACACUGCUCUCUCUACUGAGAAUCCUGAGCUUGAAUCACUUAUUCUUCAAGUCGCCUUUAUCAGAAUCACACAGCGAAACUCUGCCGAGGAGGCCAGUCUCCAGAAGCUUGCAACCACUAACAACGAUCUGGAGACCCUCAAGCAGGUGGCGGCUGACCUCGAGAAGACCCUGCGCGGGAUCGAGGUACCCAAGGAAUGGGCGGAAUUGGAAGAGGACAAAUCAGGGUUGCCCACCAAUAUCUCGCCGAACAGCCUCACCUCCUUUGACAAGACUGAAGAAGAGCCACCGUCUCUCCUUCGGAGCUGGCAAAAGGCCGCCAAAGGCCUCCUCUUCAAGGAAGCGUAUAACGCGUCGAGCGUCCUCCGACCCGACCUGCCCGUGAAAACUUACACGGUCCACGUCAAAGAAAACCGCCGCCUGACGCCCUUGACGUAUGACCGGAACAUUUUCCACAUCGAGUUCGAUCUCGGCAGCUCCGGCCUCAAGUACGACAUCGGCGAGGCCCUCGGCAUUCACGCAGAAAAUGACCACGAUCAAGUCAUGGAGUUCAUCAAAUGGUACGGCCUCAACGCGGAGGAUGUGGUCGAGGUCGCCUCGCGCGACGACCCCAGCGUGUUUGAGAAUCGCACCAUCUACCAAGCGCUCAUGCAAAACAUCGACAUCUUCGGUCGUCCACCCAAGAAGUUCUACGAAGCUCUGGCUGACUUUGCGGACGACGAGAACGAGAAGAAGAACCUGCUGACCCUGGCUGGGCCAGAGGGUUUCAAGGAGUUCCAGAGACGGGCUGAGGUCGACACCGUUACGUACGCGGAUGUCCUGCUCGAGUUCCCCUCUGCACAUCCGUCGUUCCACGACAUCGCUCGGAUCGUUUCACCGAUGAAGCGUCGUGAAUACUCGAUCGCGUCCUGCCAAGCCGUGACGCCGACCUCGGUCGCACUCAUGGUGGUCGUCGUGAACUGGGUCGAUCCCAAGGGCCGCGACCGCUUCGGUCAAGCCACCAAAUAUUUGUCCGCUCUCAAGGUCGGCGCCCCUGUAACGGUCAGCGUCAAGCCGUCCGUCAUGAAGCUGCCUCCGAAGUCGACCCAGCCGAUCAUCAUGGCCGGUCUCGGCACGGGCCUGGCGCCGUUCCGGGCCUUCGUCCAGCACCGCGCCAUGGAGAAGGCGCAGGGCAAGGACAUCGGUUCGGUCCUGCUCUACAUGGGCUCGCGCCACCAGCGGGAGGAGUACUGCUACGGCGAGGAGUGGGAGGCGUAUCAGGCGGCGGGCGUCAUCACGUUGCUCGGCCGGGCGUUUAGCCGCGACCAGCCGCACAAGAUCUACAUCCAGGACCGCAUGCGGCAAACGCUGGAUGACAUCGUGCAGGCGUACAUCAAGGAGGACGGCGCGUUCUACCUGUGCGGCCCGACCUGGCCCGUGCCCGACGUCACGAACGUGCUCGAGGAGGCCAUCGCGAAGGACGCCAAGGCCAACGGCGUCACCAAGAAGAUCGACACUGCCCGGGAGAUCAUGAAGCUGAAGGACGAGGGGAGGUAUGUGCUGGAGGUGUAUUAA